UCUUAGAAGACUUUUCUCCCUAUUAUGAUAAAAGUAAAAAAAGAUUAUACUGUGGAAGACAUGCUCUCUCGACAGUAACAACACUGCAAGCACUUAAGCAUGAACAUUAUAAACUGAUUAAUCAGUUCCGGAAUAUCACACAAGGUUCUAGAUGGCAAUGUGAGUCUGAACAGGGAAGUAACAACUUGUGAACUAAGCAAAGUACAGUUGUCUUUCUGCCCGGCCUUCUGUAGGCAAACUAAUAUUUGACUGUGUGCAAUAAGUUAUUUGAUGUCGCUUUGGAAUGUGUUAUUCCUGUGUGUAAUUUUAUGAGAUUUAUUGUUAAGUUUCUUCUUAUAAACCAAUGGAAGUGAUGGCUGUUUGUGGAAGUUGGAUACUAUGUGUUGGUGCACUGCUUGCUACACCGGUUUAUACAGAACUGUCCAUACUUGGCUGUGAAGAUGGUAGUGUAGACGUUGUCGAAGGCACGGAUCAACUUUUCACGUGCGGUGAAUACCAGACGUACGGACCCCAGUGGACUGUUUAUGACGACGAGGGACAGGCACUUUAUUCUGGGUCUUGCAGGUGGAGGUCAUGCUCACCACGGAGUAACCUGUUUCGACUACAGGAAGUGGACCAUGAAAAGAGUUAUACUUUGUAUAGAUCCACGCUGACGAUAAAGAACAUCACGAGGGCUCGUCAAGUAGUUUGCAGCGAUUCCCCGACACGUGCAUCAUGCGACUUAAGAAUAAUUAAUAACCGUGUUCGAGAAAGUAUUAUUGGUGGCAGUGUAGCAGCUGGCACUCUUGCUGUAGUAGGAGUUUACAUUUUUGUUUGCAUCAAGCUACGAAACAUUAUAAAGGGAGAAAACUAUAACCAGAGAAACAGAACUCAUUAUCUACAGACGUACGGCUGCUGCUACGACUUACAGUUGGGUUGUGCGAGUAACAUCAGUUAUAUCAAGCCAAUGGAAGUGAUAGCUGUAUGUGGAAGUUGGAUACUCUGUGUUGGUGCACUGCUUGGUUUACCGGUUUGUACAGCUCUCUACAUCCAUGAUUGCCCAUCUGGUGUUAGAGAUGUAACGGAAGACACUGAGGUUAGCUUUACCUGCCGUCAGUACACUCACCAGGUAGAAUGGUCUUCUUUUGAUGGCAGUGACUACUGGACGAUAAAGGACAUCGGUCGUUGCAGUGGCAAUGGGUGUACAUCCCUGAAUGGGUCCAUAUUUUUCUUACAAGUGAAAGCAAUUUCAGAAAAGAAAUAUGAGAGCACGCUGUACAUCAGGAAUCUCACAAGACAUCAAGAUUUUUAUCUUCACUGCAAUGAGGGCAAAGUAGCUGCCACGUGUAGACUGCGAGUUAUAGCACCUGCUAUCCUUAAAGACUGCGAUGUGUACAUAAGAGAUUGGCAGGUACACGCCACAUGUGUAGUUGAACACAUGUACGCGUCAGACGGAAUGUACUGGUGUACAUGGAGAGUAAACAACGUCUGGCUCACGAGUAAUUUCCAAGACCCACUUACUGAGUACUCGUUUAACACACGAAUCUAUCGAAAAGGUGCUUGCUAUGCAAACCAUAUAAUGCCUUACAGCCCGGGAAACUACACAUACAGCAUCAAGAUAGAUCCUGGUGUUUGGAGCACUGUUAAGACACUGGAAAUAGUGCCUCCAGGGAAUCCUGUGUACACAUGUUCUGAAGUUGUUCAAGAAGGAUCCAAUGUCAGUUGUAAGUGCACCUCCUCAAAUCCAGGAACUCCACCAGCAGAGUUUUCCUGGAAUGGACGGAAUAAUGAUGCACUAUAUGUUAAAAAUGUUCAACGAGAGGAAAACGGCAAUACACAUACAUGUUCUAUGACAUGGGGUCCAUACGGGUACAUCAGGCGUCAAGCUUUUCUAAACUUGACAGUAGUGGCCCACGAAGAAGACAGUGUAACAGUCAACAACACGGCGACCUAUCAAAUCUCUACGGAAACGUCUCUUUCAGAUAGACGUGUUCAAGAAAGUAUUAUUGGUGGCAGUGUAGCAGUUGGUACUCUUGCUCUCGUAGGAGUUGUUAUCUUUGCUUGCAUCAAGCGACGAAACAGUAAGCAAGCUUACUUCAGCUAAUUCUUUCAUUAUCUUAUAAAUACUGAAAACUAAGUC